UCACGAGACCCCGCUACGAAGCCUCCCUUUCGAUUCAAACCGAUUUAGGAACGGCCGCGGACUUUAUCUUUGAGAUAUGAGCACGGUUCGAAAAUAGUCACGGCAAUAAUUGGAGAGAUCAGCGCGCCUGUGCCAGCAUGCGCCACGGAUUCCGACCGUCAUGGACGAUCCCUGGAGCUCGCCAUGGGCGACUGAUGCGCCAGCAAGCGAAGCACAUAUAAUACAAGACGAGGCACAUACAUCAGUUUCUUCAGUGCUAAAAAUCUCUCCCACGGAAACAAGCAAUAAGCCCGCUACCUCGCCGUGGGGCACCGAUGACAAUGGUUGGGGCGACUGGACAACACAGCAAAGACAUGCUGAUGAUACCUGGACUGCACCAGGAGCUGAUCUCGAUCCCUGGUCGCAAACAUCUCAUGUUGAUGUAAACGCUGAAAUUGACAGGAAUGAGGUGUCGAAUAACAAAUAUGUGGACUUGCCUUUUGACAGCGAUGAUCGAAUUGACCAUGGACCAGCAUCAACAAGCUCUACCAGCAGCAGUCAGGCAACCAAAGAGAUGGACAAAGUCUCUCCAAGUAUAAAGGAUUCUAUACCAAAGAUAGAACAUCCAUAUCCAGCAAGCGAUAGCGAAACCGCGAAGACCGAAACAAGCACACCGGCUAAGCCAUCCAAGGUGCAGGACUUGGUGGUUAUGUAUAACGGCAUGGCCAAAAAGGCACGUUCGGCAACGAAGCUAUCAGCAGUAGAAGACUAUUUAGCCACUGAGGGCACAUCGAAGCUACAUGAAGAGUUUACGAGCGUCGCAAAUAGCGCGCCCCAGGAAACGAACACCACCAUCGCUGUCGAUGCCCAGCUCAAGAAAGACGAGCUGGACACCGCCAAGGAUGAAACCUGCUCGUCUGCGUCGGAAUCAGGCGACGAAGCAACGGAUGAUAACACGACUAUUCUAUCUGAUGUAGAGGGCUCGGCUUCAUCUGAUGCGGAACAUACCACCACUGCCAAACCGCCGCAAAAGGUGGCAUAUCCUGUGGAUUUGGCGCUCCUAGAGACACUGUUUCCGUCCACCCCUGCUGUAAACACAACAGCAGAGAUCAUUCCCGAUAUGAUCAUUGAUGAUAGCUUCACGCAAGUGUCCCAACGCAAGCUGUGGUAUCGCAUCUCUCGAUUUGGCUCUGUCCAAAAGCACGACCUGGGCAAUGAUGACAACUACAAGUAUAUUACAUGGCAGGGAUCCGAGACGCGGCAAAAGACGAUUCAAAUCGUCCGUCGGUGGAUGGAGGAAGACUCUAUUGCGGGUAGAGUCGUACUGGGCAAGAAAGCGGCUGCAAUUGGCGCCAGCAUGUUCAACUGGGACUCGUCCGAACCAGCUGUGGAAAUCGGAACACUGCUUCGCCAACACAGGGCAGAGGUAGAACCCGCAUUGCCUCGCCUAGAUAUCGCACCAAAGCCAGUUGUCAAGAUUGAAGCAAGCGACGACUCUUCAGCCUUUGCAUGGGCCACAAACGCACCCAUGACUCCCACGGAUGUUGUCCCCGUCAGCUUACCUCCAACCUUGGCUCCUGAAUCACCCAUCGCUAGCGAUGUUGCGUCGUCAGUUUCGCCUCCAUCGUCAAUAUGGGACGAGGAUUCAAGACCUGCCACAGCGCAUCGACUGUCCUCAACCAUUCCAGCUGUGCCGUCUGGUCUACACAUAUCCGAGACGGUUGGCGAUCUUGAGGAUGAGGAUGACGAUGACUGGGGUGAAAUGAUGUCUUCGCCCACACAACCUGCCGAUCCAUUAUUCACAUCCUUCGAAUCGUCUCUGAAACCGGACCCGUUCGCCGACGACUUCACCUCAAGCCCUCCAAUCCCGCAACAAGGCUGGGGUUUCGACGAUCCAGAACCAUUCAAGACGGCGGAGAAGCCAGCACCAACACAGAAAAUAACUACAACAGUUGAAGUAACAGACUCAUCACCUUGGUCUAGCGAUAUAAUCGCCGCAUCAACAACCACAACCAACAUACACACCUCAAUUAAGCCCCAAUCUCCAACAUCCCACACUACACCCGCGUUACUUGAAGACCGCGAGUUGACGAAUAUACUAGCAGCAAUACCCGACUUUUCGUAUAUGCUACGCUAGAACCCAUAUCCUCUUUGUACUUGUACUGUACAACAGUCCACUGUAAAAAGACAUCUUUGCAUUGCAUCAUUGGCGUUACUGCUUAUCACGAGCUGGCUUUAUACAUUUAAUAGCAUGAAUCAUUAAAUAAUUUCCAAUAUUAUGAACUAAUCAAAGAAUACUACCCAUGCGCAGAAAAUAAAAACG